CACGCGGCCAGUCGUUUGGUUUGCAAGCAUGGCCGACGACGCAGACGCCGGGUGCUUUGCGCAGCCGCUCGACAGCACGGAUGCGCUCAUGUACGCGUCGCGCAUGCAGUACUUGCACUCGGACGAGAACCAAGACAAGACGCGGCCCGACGCGCUCUUCAUGUCGCGGCGGCAAGUGAAAAAGCACAGCGAGUUCAAGAUCCACACGUCGCCGAUCCCAGCGCUCAAGAAGAUCGAGCCGGCGCACUCUUUGCACCACCACCACCACCGCAAGACGAGUGGCCUCCGAGUGGCUCAAAUGGGCGCGGCCAUGAACGGCGGCUGGAUCCCAUGCUUCCAGGCGGGCUGCCACUUUUGGCAGCACAAGGAAACGGGCCAGUGUGUGCCCAGCGACGCGCUCGGCAAGCCGUGUCCGUUCCACGCGCCAAACGAGCAGUGCGCGUGGACGCCCAGUGGCACGGACGAGGCCAGCGACGACGAAGCGACCCCGCCGUUUCCCGCGAGCUUCAAGUUCUUGGAGCCGGACGUCCACCCACACAGCACGAAACCGAAGAAGGCGCAUGUCUCCCACAUUGUGGUCCGCAAGAGCGAGCGAUAAUAGGGUCAGGCGACUGCAGCGAGCGAGCGACCGAUGUGCGAGAGAUCGAUGGACGUGUAGAAAUCCAGCGACUAGAUUCCUCACACGAGGUAAUGCUUCGUCGGUAAUGCUGGACUCAAACAACGUCCUUCCCUCCA